GUCGAUUGGACAGUAUUCUGCAAAUGGCAUAUGAUGGGUCAAAUGCUGAAGUCUCUAGUGGUGUGGCAAAAGCAUCUGAAUCAACGUUGUGCGAGAAUUUCGAAAUGGCAGAGCAAGGCUCAACUGAUAAAUCUACGCAAUCUACUGACCCAAGUGGAUGUCCUGAUGUUGACAAUGGUGGUACUAAAACAAACAGACCAGUUUCGGUCUCGAAAUUCAUGAUGAGCAACAAGAUCGAAUCUAUCAUGUGGCUGCUUCGAAUAUUUACGCUGAUGUCAACAUUCUUUUUUCUGUUUCCGAUCUUGGGAGUUGCUGAAGGUGGACAGUUCUAUCAGAGAGCGUUGCUGGCUAAUGCCCUGACAAGUGCUUGCCGGCUUCAUCAGAGGCUGCCCAGAUUCCGGUUCAGCAGAGCCUAUGUCACACAGGCACUCUUAGAGGACAGCUGCCACUACCUGCUGUACUCGCUCAUCUUUAUUACAUCCCAUCCCAUUACCUUAUGCUUGGUACCAGUGGCAGUAUUUUCUCUGCUUCAUGCAACAGCCUACACCAGGAAAAUCUUAGAUAUCAUUGGCCCUCGUUCCGUGCCAUGGGUGCGAUCCUUUUUAGACAAAAUGACAACACACCAGCAGAGCCUGUUCAAGUUCAUUGCGUACAAUGAGAUUCUCUUGAUGCCUGCAGCUGUCUUUAUGUUAUUUGGAGGCCGGGCUCAUUUAUUCCUCCCCUUUUUCUACUAUCGUUUCCUGACCCUAAGGUAUGCAUCUCGAAGGAAUCCCUACUGCAGGACAUUGUUUUAUGAGCUUCGAGUGGCAAUAGAGCAGAUGACAGCCAGACCUUCCUGUCCAACCUUCAUCCGAAGUGCAUGUCACAAAGCUAUAAAGCUCAUCUGCAAGCUUGCUCCAGGGUCAUAGAAUUUUUACAUUUUUUCUCAGCAUCAGAUUAUGUGCAAAUGGUGGAAUUUGUUACAGUUUUGAAUUCUGUAGAACAUUCCUAUAGUUUAUGUUCAAUAUCACAUUUGUAUCCUUUUUUUAAAUGGAAUGAUGUCAGAAACUUAUUUUGGUACAUGUCAUUUCCAUCACAGAAGUAAAUUUAGUUUUGAUUGUUGGAUGACAAGAAUGUAUAUUAGAUGAUGGAGUCACAUGGUUUACUUUAAAUACUGUCUGCAAAAUGUAGGUUUGUGGGAAAACAAACAUUGAUCUACAACUGUCUGCAUAUUAGAUUAAUACUUAACCAUUAAUUAUUUUGCUUUAUUGUUUUGUAUGGUGCAUACAAUUGUAACCCUAAUAUGGAUAGACUUCUAACAUCUUUUCUCCAUGUGGAAAGUAACGAUUGUUGAAGAGGUACAAGAAAAUAGUUUAUCGUAAAGAAAAGAAUGUUUGACUUUGGAUACACAAUAUCAUAGAACAGUACAGCACAGAAAUUGGCCCUUCGGCCCAACGUCUCUGCAUUGACCAUGAUGCCAUUCAAAUCUAAUCCCACCUGCUUGCACAUGA